CCCCCCCCCCUCCCGGCGGCCUGCAGGCGGUGGGGACGGGGGCCGCGUUCCGGGACGGGUCUCGGCCAGAGACGCCCCGGGAGGACCCUCGGAGGCCAGCUCUGGCCCUGCUGUCUCCGGAGACCCGUGCUCCCCAGGUUUGGAUGGCUAAGGAGCGGUCCUCCCGGGAGUCCCUCACCGCCUUCCCUGGGGCAGCCCGGGGCCCAGCCUCCCCGCUGGAAGGGCGGUGGCCCCCUGCCCCGACAGUGGCCCUAUGUGUCACGUCUCUGUUAAAAGCGCCCAGAGCACCCCACUCAGCUCUUUGUGAUCUAGCCCAGCUGAGACUAAAGAGAGGUGCUUUCCAGUGGCUUUUUGAUGAUGGUGGCACGUUGGGAGCCUGCCACAGCCCUUUUAGAUCUCCGGGACACCGAGUUUUAUGAGUUUUAAUCUGCUGACUUUGGGCCUUAUUACCUCUGUGAAGUUCAGGGAUUUUAAGGAGGAAAAACCUGUCCAGGGCCCCACAGACGCCAGCCCUAAAGCUUGCCUUUGACGCAGCAUAGUCACCUGGGUACCUCCCAGGGGACAUCCGGGAAGAGGAGAGAAAACUAACAAGUUUUGUGCUUGAGUUGCAAAAAGUCAGAAGUCCCAGAGAAGGAGUGCCCAGAGUCUGUCUGCUGUGUGGAGCAGUGUCUGUGGCAGGAGGUUGGGAGGGCCCCUUGGGCAGUUGAAGGCAACGUUCAGACAGGACUGUGCUGGCACCCAUGCGGCUGUACACGCUCUCCAAGCGCCACUUUGUCCUCGUGUUCGUCGUCUUCUUCGUCUGUUUCGGCCUGACCGUCUUCGUUGGGAUCAGAGGGCCCAAAGUGAUCCAGACUUCCGCAGCUAAUUUUUCACUAAGUAAUAGUAAAAAGCUGAAGCCAAUUCAAAUACUUUCAAAUCCACUGUCUACAUAUAAUCAGCAACUGUGGCUGACAUGUGUUGUUGAGUUGGAUCAAUCAAAAGAAACGUCUAUUCAGACAAGCUUUCUCAUGACUGUUAAAGUUGAUGGUGUAGCUCAAGAUGGAACCACCAUGUUCAUUCAUAACAAAGUUCACAAUCGGACAAGGACCCUCACCUGUGCGGGGAAGUGUGCAGAAAUUAUUGUGGCUCACCUCGGCUACUUGAAUUACACUCAGUAUACCGUGACUGUGGGAUUCGAACACUUGAAGCUAGCCAUCAAGGAAAUGAACUUUACAUGGAAGACUUAUGACCCUGCAUUUUCCCAACUGGAAAUUUGGUUCCGAUUCGUCUUUGUGGUGCUUACCUUCAUUGUCACUUGCCUGUUUGCCCAUUCCCUCCGGAAGUUUUCCAUGAGAGACUGGGGGAUGGAGCAGAAGUGGAUGUCCAUUCUUUUGCCUCUGCUGCUGCUUUACAAUGAUCCGUUCUUCCCCCUCUCCUUUCUGGUGAACAGCUGGUUUCCAGGCAUGCUGGACGAUCUCUUUCAGUCUGUGUUCCUGUGUGCCUUGCUGCUCUUCUGGCUGUGCGUGUACCAUGGGAUACGGGUUCAGGGAGAAAGGAAGUGUUUGACUUUCUAUUUACCUAAAUUCUUCAUUGUUGGACUAUUGUGGUUGGCUUCUGUUACACUAGGAAUAUGGCAGACAGUUAAUGAAUUACACGAUCCAAUGUACCAAUAUCGAGUUGACACAGGAAAUUUUCAGGGAAUGAAAAUUUUCUUCAUGGUGGUGGCAGCUGUGUAUAUUUUAUACCUUUUGUUCUUGAUAGUGCGGGCCUGUUCCGAGCUACGUCACAUGCCUUAUGUAGAUCUCAGGUUAAAAUUUUUGACUGCAUUGACUUUUGUAGUACUUGUCAUUAGCAUCGUCAUCCUUUAUUUAAGGUUUGGAGCGCAAGUAUUACAAGACAAUUUUGUAGCUGAACUGUCAACUCACUACCAGAAUUCAGCUGAAUUCUUAUCUUUCUAUGGCUUGUUGAACUUUUACCUCUACACUUUGGCCUUCGUGUAUUCUCCAUCGAAGAACGCCCUAUAUGAGUCCCAGCUGAAAGACAACCCUGCAUUCUCCAUGCUGAAUGACUCCGAUGAUGAUGUGAUCUAUGGGAGUGACUAUGAAGAGAUGCCUCUGCAGAACGGCCAGGCCAUCCGGGCGCAGUACAAGGAGGGGUCUGAGAGUGACUGAGCCUCGGGCUGUCCUGCAGCACCGCUUCCUGGCCCUCCGUGCUCCUGCUGGUGUUCAGGCUUGUGUCGUGAGCAGAGAUUUCCCGGUCCUUACUUGUUUACGUAUUUUUGAAAGGAAAACCAAAACCAAGGAUAAAUUUAAACAUUGGGCCAAAUUUAUUGUUAGAGUGGCUACAUUUGUUUGGGAAGAGAGGUGCUGAUGAAAAGUGUAAACAGGCAGAUCCUUUUUCAAGGGUUUCAGAUGAGAAAGGAUUUGUUUUUAGUGGUGAGGAGGAAAUUACUCCUGUUUUUAGUAGGUUUUUUUUUUAAAUAAUUUGCUAACUCCAAGUCCACGGAAAGCCCUUAUGAAUGAAGUUGUCAGCAUGGUGACGUUCUCUCUCUUCCUUUUUUCUCUGCCCUGUACCAGUUUCGACCCUUUAAACUCUAAGGGAAGCCUAUUUUUGUGCCUGUCUCAUGAGGGCAGCCUGAGUGGCCAGCGCUCUGGAUAACCACGCAUGUUAAGUGACUCGUAACUUGUCUGUUGUGUGAAAUUUGUGUCAUGUCUCACUAGAGAAAUGGUGGGCGAGCCGGUUCUAGCCCUUCACUGCCCACCCCCCACCCUGCCCCCGGGGGCGGAACUGGCAUUGUGGGCUUCUGAGGAGGACUGGGUGAGCUUCAUAGGAAAGGGUAAGAAAAUUGACAAGUGCCAGCUCUUGUUGGGAGAGGUCUUGCUACCAUACAGUUUUCCAAGAGCCUGUGUACACACGUGUGUGCAUGUGAGGGUUACAUGUAUGAAUAUGAAUGGAUGUUGCUGUGAUUGGGGUGGGGAAGAGGGUAUCCAUUACAGUUCCCAUGAGCUGUAGUUUCUACAACUCCAUUAAAGAUGACACCCUGUGGAACUUUAUUUUUUUCAUAAAAGCUAAACAAAGGAUCGAUAAAAUAUUAUAGUUUCUUUACUGAAAAAAGGUUUUUCAGUUCCUCAUUUGGAACCUAAAUGAAAGAAAGUAAAACAUUUUUGAUGACUUGUGGAAGGAAGCACAUCUUUGGGUAGAAGGUCACUUGAUGGGAAUCAUGCCCCACCCUCUCAGCCUCAUACGGUGGCCUGGGAAGAUGAUGGCUUGCUCUGGAAAAGAAAAGUUGUCUGAAUCUGUGGCAUCACAGAAGGCCCUGGAGAGUUGCCAGUUCCUUUUUGUCAGAGACUAAGUAGAAGUCUGGUAUAGAUACCUCCUUUGCUUUUCCUUUGACACGCACAAUAAUGUCUGUCUUGAACUGUUGACAUACGAUCAUUGCUAACAUCCUGAUUGAUGGCAUGGCACAGGAUAGGAUUGUUCGGCUCUGCAAACAGUACCUACAUUUUCUUCAUCUAUGCAUUAACUCUUAGAUUACCAAGCUAAAAAUCGGAUUUCACUUUAGACAAUGCUGGAACCUUUUAGAGGUUCAUGAGAGACUAUUCAUUAUGACUUUACCUCUUUGUGUUUAAUUUAAACUUUAGUGAUAACGUACCUUUAAUAUGGAUUCCAUUUAAAUUUGUUUUUAAAACCCUGUAAAUAUGAAAGUUUGAAUUAAAACAACUGUAUUAUUGCAAGGGUAAUUCGAGUUUACAUGGUUUUUACAUUUUCAAUGGUGUGAUUUUUUUUUUUAUUGUAUUCAGUGGUAUUGGAAAAACUUUUCUGUUACCAAAUUUUUCUUCUACUAACUAUAAAUAAUUUUAUGUAAAUUGAUGAAAACUUACUUGGACUGAUUAAUGUAUUCUAGUAUGUGAUAUAGUUUACAGGUUUUAAUCAUUAUAAAAUAACUGUCCAUAAUUUGGAAUGCUGUUAUUUAUCAGUAAACUACUUGAGGCAUUUAGCCAUACACGUUAGAACUUUUUAAACCUUGUCUUUGUCCUGUAGUAUAAUUAUAAACUGAUGACUGAUAAUCUUCAUACUUGAGUCUUCAUGGUAUCAAGUCAAUGAAAUGAAAAUAUGGGAGUAUUUAUUUACUUUUUAUAACUAAGCUGGAGACAAAAAAGGUAUAAAAGUAAGUACUUAAAGGGAAAAUGGUUCUUUGUUAAAUCGUGCAUUUUGGAUCUCUGGUGCAUCACACGUAUCAACAAAUUACACACUCCAUGUAAAAAUUUGCUUAAAGUAUAUAGCAUUUAGCAUGUAUUAUAUAUGCCGUAGAUAUUAGGUUCAAACACUAAAGUCUGCCGGAAACUUUCGGCAGUAGCAAGAAAAAAACUUUUUCUUCUUUGGAGAGUAUCAAAGUUUUGCAAAACUUAAAUUAUAAAUUCAGAGGGCUGACUUCAGUUCUUGCAUGGUAAUGGCUUGUAUAACAUCAUCUUUGGGAUAAUUUUUUAUACUGGUCCAGUCUAGGGGAAUCUGGAAGGUGCCUGUCGGUAUUUCAGUUUCCCUAGGGAGAGCAUCAUUAUCCAUGUGGGUAAUAGGUCUGCUUGAUUUAUUAUUAAAUCAUUACAGCAGUGAAGUGAUGCAGUUUUCUCUCUCUUAAGCCCCAUUUGAAAGGCUAGAGAAGGGGAUAUAUAAAAUAUAUUCAAGGUUUGUAAGAUUGUUCCUGUACAUAAUUACAGAUUGCAAUAAAAGUUAAGAUACACUAUGUAAACCCAGCCCACUAAAUGGGCAGGUUACAAGACAAAUGUCACCAGCCUCAAGUAUUUCCUGAACUAUUUACUGAAGGUACAGUUGUUAAAUGGGUUACGGUGUGGUCAGUGACUUGUUUCCUGGAAUCCUUCUCACAGGGUAAACCACGGGAGCUCAUAGACAGGAUGACAAGAGAUAGCUAGUACAUACUUAAGUCACUAAAGAAUAUUUAUGUAUUUUGAGGAUUUUAGAAACCAGUUGCCUUAGAGGUUAGACUUUUGGAAAAAAAAGAUGUUAAUCUUUUCCCCAGGCCAAAGGGAAGUCGCUUUCGUCUGUGACAUCUUGUUAUCCUGUUCAUGUUGACCUGACAGGUUUUAGAUAUACUGGUAACUAUAAUACCACACAAUGAAACACAGAAUUUUCUGCUACUGAAAACUGCCUUUUUACAAAAAGCCUGUAAAUAUUUGUAAAAUAAAAACAACUUUAAGCUCAGAAGAACGAACUACGUAUUAGGUCUUGGAACUGUGUCAGUGAGCACAGUAACACCUGAUCACAGAAUGAUCAUUGUAAUCAAUCAAAAGUGAAUAAAUGUUUGUUUAUGGCAAACUUACACUUUGGAAAUGGCUUCAUUCUGAGACUGCCUUUCUGGUAAAUGUUAAUAAAUUUGAAACAUUCGGUCCUUA